UUUAAUAUACAUUGAUGCUCUUUAGGACUUGGGCCGUAGAGCUCUCUUUGCUGCAAUGGGUAACUGCUCUCUCAAAGGAGUGGUGACUGGAAAAGGUAACGAUGUUAUCCGAAUAAUGACGGAUUCCGGCGGGAUAAUGGAGAUGGAAGGGCCCGUACUAGUUCGAACUGUAAUUAGCGAUUAUCCCGGGUAUGGUAUUUUCCGUCAGGGUCACAUAUCAUCGCCGUUGCUCCAUCUUGAUCUGCUUGUUAAUGGCCAUUUAUACUAUCUUCUUCCCCUGAGGGAGACGAGGGCUCCAAGCAGUAAGAUCACUAAGGAAUUAGACUCCGGGUUGACCAACAGAGUUUCUUCAUUAAGGUUAUCGUCGGGUACGGUUUCUGAUCUAGUGAUGAACUCGACAACAACGGAGCCAGCUCUUGAAGUUUUGCCUUCCCCCGGCAAGGGCGUAUGGAAAGUGAAAUUGGUAAUUGAUACCAAACAGUUAGAGGAAAUAUUGUCUGAACAGGUGAACACAGAGGCCUUGAUUGAGAAGAUGAGGACGGUUGCAAGCUCCGCCAACGCCACACCAAAGCGAACCAAGAGCUCUUGGAGGAGACCCACCUUCUCCGGUGUUUGUAGGAUGCCUCCUGAGGACCUCAAAUAGAAUCCAGAAUGUAUACCUCCACUCCAGUACUACUCCAGACCAAUUGUUGCUUGUUGGAUUAUGGACAUCCCAUCGAGUUCAUAUUUAGUUUUCUGGUAUUUCCUAAACCAAUUUUCUCUGUUUCCUGGACAGUCCAUAGAUAGAAUACAAAAAACUCUUCGUUUUCUAGAUCAUUGUAUUCUUGCUACGUGUUGGAAACGAUGAGCAGUUCGUUUUCUUUCUUUUUCUC